UUUAAGACGGGCCAGAUCAAUGGUGAUCUCCUCAUCUACCAUGUGCUGCUGACCCUGAAGCCCUACUACGCCAAGCCCUAUGAGAUCGUGGUGGACCUGACCCACGCUGGACCCAGCAACCGCUUCAAGACCGACUUCCUGUCCAAGUGGUUCGUGGUGUUCCCGGGCUUCGCCUACGAGAACGUGGCGGCCAUCUACAUCUACAACUGUAACACGUGGGUGAGGGAGUACACCAAGUACCACGAGAGGCUGCUGACUGGCCUGAAGGGGAGCAAGAAGCUGCUGUUCAUUGACUCCCCGGCGCGGCUAGCGGAGCACGUGGAGCCUGAUCAGCAGAAGCUACCUGCGGCCACGCUAGCCCUGGAGGAAGACCUCAAGGUGUUCCACAACGCCCUCAAACUGGCCCACAAGGACACCAAGGUCUCCAUCAAGGUCAGGAUAUGAGGAAGUCAGUAGAUUCAGAAUGAAAUAUGUUUCCUACAUAUUUUUUGGUCUUUGGGAAAUAAUUGAAAGUAAGUAAGGCACAGACAGGAAUGACAGGAAUGGCUGAGACAGAUUUAAUCUUUGUCCCAGGAGGUAUAUGUGGUCUGGAGUCAGGAGCGUCAACCGCUUCUCCAGACUCUGGCUUAUAAUUGACGUUUUUGAACAAUGUUACCAUUUUGUGUGUCAGGUAGUAUAGUAACUCCAUCUCUCCAACUCCAACGUCUCUGUGUUUCUGUACCCAGGUGGGCUCCACGGCGGUCCAGGUGACGUCAGCAGAGCGAACCCGGGUCCUGGGCCAGUCGGUCUUCCUCAACGACAUCUACUACGCCUCGGAGAUCGAGGAGAUCUGCCUGGUGGACGAGAACCAGUUCACCCUGACCAUCGCCAACCAGGGCACUCCGCUCACCUUCAUGCACCAGGAGUGUGAGGCCAUCGUCCACUCCAUCAUCCACAUCAGGACGCGCUGGGAGCUGUCCCAGCCUGACUCCAUCCCCCAGCACACCAAGAUCAGGCCCAAAGACGUGCCGGGCACCCUGCUCAACAUCGCCCUGCUCAACCUGGGUAGCUCUGACCCCAGCCUCAGGUCAGACACAGCUGAGGAAAAUAUGUUUAGAUUUUGGUGAGACUAUGAGAGUUGACAGUUAGUGUUCUUAGGGAUGUUUGAUAUACAUACAUCUAUUAUGCUUACUGAUUUACGUUUUUUCUCUCUAUCUCUGUCUGUCUGUCUGUCUGUCUGUCUGUCUGUCUGUCUGUGCUGUGCUGUGCGCAGGUCUGCAGCCUACAACCUGCUGUGUGCCUUAACCUGCACCUUCAACCUGAAGAUAGAAGGCCAGCUGCUGGAGACCUCAGGGCUGUGUAUCCCUGCCAACAACACGCUUUUCAUAGUGUCCAUCAGCAAGACGCUGGCUGCUAACGAACCACAUCUCACCCUGGAGUUCCUGGAGGAGUGUAUCUCUGGCUUCAGCAAAUCCAGUCAGUAUCCUUGUUCCUGCCCUCCACACACAAACAUGUGCACGUACACACACACACACACACACACACAGUGUAACAUCCUCUCUGAUGUGUGCAGGUAUUGAGCUAAAGCACCUGUGUCUGGAGUACAUGACCCCCUGGCUACUCAACCUAGUGAGGUUCUGUAAGCACAACGACGACGCCAAGCGCCAGCGGGUCACUGCCAUCCUGGAUAAGCUCAUCACCAUGACCAUCAACGAGAAGCAGAUGUACCCCUCUAUCCAGGCUAAGAUCUGGGGUAGUCUGGGACAGGUGGGGAUCUCUCUUUCUGCUCUCAGUGUGGGUGUUAGCCCAUGUCUCAACCAACCACUAUAUUGGAUGUUAUUGAGGCCAUACAGUAGUCCAUCCAUCAGCCCAGUCUGCUAUUGGCUUUAUUCUACUGCUGAUUUAUGAUCUGGGAAAUGGCUGAAGGAUUCAGUGGACUCACUGUUUAGGAUGUUAUAGACACCUUAUCAGAUAUUAUGAGAGUGUUAUCCCCUUAUGUAGGCAUUUCAAAUAACUCGGUCUUUGUCAGAGUCCCUGUACUUUUCAGCUCUCAACCAGUUAUCAUGCUAGCCACGUGAAAAUCAUGAAAAACUGUUAUCUUUGUGUAUUAGUGUAGAGCGGGAAGUUGUGGUCUGACUGAAAAAGAUGCUGGCAUUCUGAGAGACAAAAAAUACAUACGCUAGUUAGUAACUGUAAGUCGCUCUGGAUAAGAGCGUCUGCUAAAUGACUAAAAUGUUUAUUUAGUCUCUGAGCUGAGGUCCUGUUGUGUCCUUGUUCUGUAGAUAACAGACCUGCUGGACGUGGUGUUGGACAGCUUCAUCAAGACCAGCGCUACAGGAGGCCUGGGAUCCAUCAAAGCUGAGGUGAUGGCCGACACGGCUGUGGCUCUGGCCUCAGGGAACGUAAAGUUGGUGUCCAGCAAGGUGAGCGACACACACACACACACACACACACCUCAGGAAUGACCACUGCGGCUAUUCCCUUCACACUCUAAAGGUUGAUUCUGUGACUUGAGUCUAGACAAGAAUAUCUGCUGCAAGCAUCAAUACAGAUCCUCUACAGAUGAAUAAAUGAUUUCCGGAUGUCCCUUGUCCUAUCAAAUGCCAUGAAAAGCCUGUUCUGUACAUUCCUUAUACUUCUUUAUGGCAAGUUGUGAUCUUGUAAUGUCACUGAUUUAAUAGUAGCUAAUACAGUAUCCAAUGUUGUUACAGAUUACAUAAUAGAUUACAUUACAAAUUGUUUUAAUUUGUACUCCUACAGUAUGAAUGAAAGCCUGUUUUAAAUGUCUCACAAACUGCACACAUUUCAAAGUGCCUACCCUGGCACACAGACAUUGAACAACUCUUCCAGUUGUCAUAACCACAGUACCUCUCAACAACAGUGCUGUUUGUGUCACAACUAUUUAUGUCAUUUGGUGGUUUGCAUUAUUAAUCAUUUCCUUUUGACUGUUGAGCUGAUUUCUCAGAAAGAAAGAGGGCGUUGAAUGUAUUGCCCAAUGAAGUAGCCAUAACAAAAUGUUGAUCAUGUGAUCUAGUGCCAGGAAGAGUGUGGCCUCUGAAUACAAAGGCCAGUCUGUGUCGGGGUGACGUCUCUUUUCUCUUCUAUCUGUACUCAUAUGUCAAGGCAAAACACUAAACACAGGUUGAGAUAUUGUGAUUGCACAUUUGAUCAACACCAGACUGGGAUAUAGAGCAUCUCGCUACAUUCCCAGUUCUGCCUGUAACCUUUAACAACAGGAGAGAUAAGGGAUCUUCCCAGAGAUGCUAGGUGACAUGAGAGUCCUGAGUCCUCCUGUUCUUUCCCUUGGGUGGAAGGGAGAGAUAAUAGAUAGGAUGUAAAAUGUGGUAAAGUCAAAUGUUACGUACCCGACCUUUGAUGUAACCUUAACUCCGACCCAUGCCUGUCUGGCAGGUGAUCAUCCGCAUGUGUAAGAUCAUCGAUAAGACGUGUCUGUCUCCCACGCCCACCCUGGAGCAGCACCUGAUGUGGGAUGACAUAGCCAUCCUGGCCCGCUACAUGCUCAUGCUGUCCUUCAACAACUCUCUGGACGUGGCCACACACCUGCCCUACCUGUUUCAUGUGGUCACUCUGCUGGUGGCCACCGGUCCCCUGUCCCUACGGGCCUCCACACACGGCUUGGUCAUCAACAUAAUCCACUCCCUCUGUACCUGCUCCCAGCUCAACUUCAGUGGUGAGGAAGCCACACACACACACAGCACCCUGGCUGUAGACUGAGGACAGACAGACAGAGAUAGGGAGCAGUGAAAAUGAUUCAAAUGCAGAGGGUUGAUCAGUGUCAUGUCUUGAUUCAGUGUUUUGAAAGCAGUCGGAGAGCUAGAGAUUUGUUAUUGAUGUAUAGCCUUGUUGAGACUCAGUGAUAACUAUUCCCCUGUGUGUUUCUCUCUUCCAGAGGAGACCAAGCAGGUCCUGAGGCUGAGCCUGACAGAGUUCUCCCUGCCUAAGUUCUACCUGCUGUUCGGCAUCAGUAAGGUCAAGUCUGCUGCGGUCAUCGCCUUCCGCUCCAGCUACCGCGACCGCUCCUUCUCCCCUGGGUCAUACGAGAGGGAGACCUUCGCCCUCUCCUCCCUGGAGACUGUCACCGAGGCCCUGCUGGAGAUCAUGGAGGUCAGGAGAUGUCAGCACCCCACUGACAUAAUCACUCAUCAUUACAUCAUCACUAUAGCAUGACACUGCUGUCUGUACCGGUUUAGAUGUCCAGUGAACACUAACCAAAUUCAAUAUACUACUUGCCUUCACACAAAUCCAGUCUAGCAUUUAAAAGUUGUUUUUUUAAAAAUCUGUUUUUCAUAUGUGCUCAUAAUUGUGUUUCCCCUCGUCCACAAGGCCUGUAUGAGGGACAUCCCUGGCUGUAAGUGGCUGGACCAGUGGACAGAGUUGGCUCAGAGGUAUGGCAACCACACACAACCAUUUCCCCUCUUCUAACUAACACUGACUCAGUGGAGCCAACCACACUGUCUGCUCUAAAUCAAUUAUCUGAUGCUUAGCUUACACAUUUUCAAGGAUGUCAGAGCAAUGUAAAUAGGCUUCAGACCACUUGAUAGGCUUUUAUAGGACAUGCGUGUGAAUGGAUUGUAUUCAUCAUUCCCUCUUCUCUCCCUCCAUUUCUUCCUCUCUCUCCUUCUAUCCCCCUGUACCUCUCUCCUCUCCCUCUCUCCCUUUCCCCUCCCUCAGGUUUGCGUUCCAGUACAACCCGUCCCUGCAGCCUAGAGCCCUGGUGGUGUUUGGCUGCAUCAGUAAGAGGGUGACCCACGGCCAGAUCAAACAGAUCAUCAGGAUCCUCAGCAAGGCCAGCCCCCUGCUCAGCAUAGACCGGGUCUGUGUCCCAUCACUCCCAUCAUGCCCUAUUGCUCGCUACAUUAUAUUAUACACAGAAUUAGGACAACUCAUUGAAAGCACUUCCUGAAUGACUGUACUGUCUUGUCAAAUGUAUACAGUACCAGUCAAAAGUUUGGACACCUACUCAUUCAAGGGUUUUUCUUAAUUUUUACUAUUUUCUACAAUGUAGAAUAAUAGUGAAUACAUUAAAACUAUGAAAUAACACAUAUGGAAUCAUGUAGUAACCAAAAAAGUGUUAAACAAAUCAAAAUAUAUUUUAUAUUUGAGAUUCUUCAAAGUAGCCACCCUUUGCCUUGAUGACAUCUUUGCACACUCUUGGCAUUCUCUCAACCAGCUUCAUGAAGAACGCUUUUCCAACAGUCUUGAAGGAGUUCCCAGACCAGGCCGUCUGUGAGGUCACUGACCACCUUCCAGAGACACUUGAAACCCUACCUCUUUAAGGAAUACCUGGAAUAGUAUAAAGUAAUCCUUCUUCCCCCACCCCCCAUAAAAAAUUUAUUAAAAAAAGUGGUUGUCCCACUGGCUAUCAUAAGUUGAAUGCACCAAUUUGUAAGUCGCUCUGGAUAAGAGCUAAAUGAUGUAAAUGUAAUGCUGAGCACUUGUUGGCUGCUUUUCCUUCACUCUGCGGUCCAACUCAUCCCAAACCAUCUCAAUUGGCCUGAGGUCGGGUGAUUGUGGAGGCCAGGUCAUCUGAUGCAGCACUCCAUCACUCUCCUUCUUGGUCAAAUAGCCCUUACACAGCCUGGAGAUGUGUUUUGGGUCAUUGUCCUGUUGAAAAACAAAUGAUAGUCCCACUAAGCGCAAAUCAGAUGGGAUGGCGUAUCACUGCAGAAUGCUGUGGUAGCCUUGCUGGUUAAGUGUGCCUUGAAUUCUAAAUAAAUCACAGACAGUGCCACCAGCAAAGCACCCCCACACCAUCACACCUCCUUCAUGCUUCAUGGUGGGAACAAUACAUGCGGAGAUCAUCCGUUCACCUACCCUGCGUCUUACAAAGACACAGCGGUUGGAACCAAAAGUCUCACAUUUGGACUCAUCAGACCAAAUGACACAUUUCCACCGGUCUAAUGUCCAUUGUUCGUGUUUCUUGGCCCAAGCAAGUCUCUUCUUCUUAUUGGUGGCCUUUAGUAGUGGUUUCUUUGCAGCAAUUCGACCAUGAAGGCCUGAUUCACUCGGUCUCCUCUGAACAGUUGAUGUUGAGAUGUGUCUGUUACUUGAACUCUGUGAAGCAUUUAUUUGGGCUGCAAUCUAAGGUGCAGUUAACUCUAAUGAACUUAUCCUCUGCAGCAGAGGCAACUCUGGGUCUUCCUUUCCUGUGGCGGUCCUCAUGAGAGCCAGUUUCAUCAUAGCGCUUGAUGUUUUUUGCGACUGCACUUGAAAAACUUUAAAAGUUCUUGAAAUGUUUCCAGAUUGACUGACCUUCAUGGCUUAAAGUAAUGAUGGACUGUAGUUUCUCUUUGCUUAUUUGAGCUGUUCUUGCCAUAAAAUGGACUUGGUCUUUUACCAAAUAGGGCUAUCUUCUGUAUUCCACCCCUACCUUGUCACAACACAACUGAUUGGCUCAAACGCACUAAGAAGGAAAGAAAUUCCACAAAUUAACUUUUAACAAGGCACACCUGUUAAUUGAAAUGCAUUCCAGGUGACUACCUCAUGAAGCUGGUUGAGAGAAUGCCAAGACUGUGCAAAGCUGUCAAAUGCAAAGGGUGGCUACUUUGAAGAAUCUCAAAUAUAAAAUAUGUUUUGAUUAGUUUAACACUUUUUUGGUUACUACAUGAUUCCAUAUAUGUUAUUUCAUAGUUUUGAUGUCUUCACUAUUAUUCUACAAUGUAGAAAAUAGUACAAAUAAAGAAAAACCCUGGAAUGAGUAGGUGUGUCCAAACUUUUGACUGGUACUCUAUGUACUGUAUCUUUGCAGUGCAAAAAAAAAAAAGGGGCUGUUGUCAAAAUAGAUUAUAUCACUUCAAGUAACUGCAGUUGCAUCUUGUGUACUUUUUAUCUGCUAAGUGACAUAAGUCCACAUAGAUAUCACUACUCUUGUGGUAAUGUUGCACAUUUUCAAAUAGAUUCUGCUACAAGUAUUGGGAGUAGCUGUACAUUGUCUGAUCCUGUCUGUUGAAAGGUGCUGUGUUUAGUAUAGCCUGUGCUGCUCAGACUGAACUGACCUGUUGUCUUCUGUCUGUCCAUAGGGUCUGGAGAGCUGUCUAAAGGGACCUGAUAACUACAACAGCCAGGUGUUAAUAGAAGCCACAGUCAUUGCUCUCACCAAGCUACAGCCGCUCCUCAACAAGGUACACACACACACAGACACACAGAUGGCCACUCAAAGGUUAAUUUAAGAGAUGGAUGUGCUAAAUGUUCUGGUGAGCUAACUUCCUCUUGUGUGUGUGUGUGUGUGUGUGAGAACCACAUUCUAUUGAGUAUAACCCAAAUGUUUGAAGCAGUUUGACCGAGAGGAGGGAAGUUAUUUUGGCCCUGGCCUGUAUGUGGUGAAGAGGCUGCUGACCGACAGUAGAUCUUGGCAGUAAAUGGUCGUGUGAGACUCGCUUUGACUGCAAGUGUGUUUGUUGGCCCUCCACGGCCCGCCUAUGCACAAGGCCCUAUGUUUGUGUGUGUGUGUGUGUGUUGGACGGUAGUGGUGGUGAGAGUAAAUAACAGCCUGUGUUUUUUCUGCAGGACUCCCCCAUGCACAAGGCUCUGUUCUGGGUGGCCGUGGCUGUGCUCCAGCUGGACGAGGUCAACCUCUACUCUGCCGGCACCGCCCUGCUGGAGCAGAACCUCCACACACUGGACAGCCUCAGGGUCUUCAAUGACAAGGUACUAAAAACACAAACAUACACACGGUUCAAAAGGUUUGUCUUCCACAAACAUUCGGCUCACAUUUUCAGCCAGGUAUUUUUACAGUUUCACUUUGAUAUCAUUCUCUUUCCCUAACUUCAAUUGUAGAUGUGUUAAUUGUGUGUGUUCCUCCCCUCUCUCCCCGUCCAGAGUCCAGAGGAGGUGUUUAUGGAGAUCAGGAAGCCUCUGGAGUGGCACUGUAAACAGAUGGACCACUUCGUGGGCCUCAACUUCAACUCCAACUUCAACUUUGCACUAGUGGGUCACCUGUUGAAAGGUAAGUAUGUGGGGGUGUCUAAGCAUUGGGUCAGCCGGGGACUGCAUGGUUUAGCUCUUCGUCUCUAACAACCCACCUCUCUGUCUAGGGUACAGACACCCCUCCCCCAACACAGUGGCGCGGACCAUCCGGAUCCUCCACACACUGCUGGCCCUGGUGGGAAAACACCUCAACUGUGACAAGUUUGAGGUGAACACCCAGAGUGUGGCCUACCUGGCAGGUGAGUUAACGGAGAGAACCACAAUGAAGCCAUACUUUUAUUUUUCAGCCAUAGUAGGAUUGUACAUAUUGUCUUUAAACAAUUAUAUAUUAUAUACUAUAUAUUAUAGUUUCUGCAUAGAAAAUAAAAUGAUCUAGUAGUGAAGUAGCCUGUGAAAUGUCUGUGUGUGUAGCUCUCCUCACUGUCUCGGAGGAGGUCCGCAGCCGCUGCAGCCUCAAGCACAGGAAGUCCCUGCUCCUCUCAGACGUUACCAUGGAGAAUGUUCCCAUGGACACGUACUCUGUGCACCACAGCGACCCCAGCUGCCGGUGAGUGACUGUACAGGGCUGCCUGCUGAGUUGAUGUAGAGGCUGACAGCAUAGCUGCAGCACCAACUGACUAAGCAGAAUUUGUCUCUCGCUGUAUUGUACAAUGUCAAAGAGGAAUUUGAUGGCCAUAUGUGUUCACCUAUCAGAAUGUUUUGUUCCCUCUGUGUCAGAACUCUUAGGGAGAGUCAGCCGUGGACGUCCCCCAAGGUGUCGGAGCGCUACUUAGUGGUCCACUACCCCACAGGGGGGCAGAUCAGCCCGCGCACACGGAAGUCCAUGAGCCUGGACAUGGGCCAGCCUUCCCAAGCAAACACUAAGAAACUGCUGGGUAAGACACCUGUCAGUCAUUCUCCACUGCUAGACCCAGGCCUCUGACCAACAGAGGAGUUUUAACAUGUGACAACUGAUCAGAGGGAUUUAGACUAUACACAUUCAUACAGGAUGACUUGGAUAUCCAUAGAAUAUCCAUGCAGGUAUGUGCUAAUUUAGGUUUUGGGAAUUGACCUGUGUAUGUAUGCCCCAUUGUUUAACAUGACUCAUGUUUUUUUCUAUGCUGGCUCACCAGGCACUAGGAAGAGUUUUGAUCACUUGAUAUCAGACACUAAAGCACCAAAGAGGCCAGAGAUGGAGUCUGGAAUCACCACGCCUCCAAAGAUGAGGAGGGUGGCGGAGAACGAUUACGAGUGUCCAGGUCAGUGUCUGUCUCCUGUACACCACACAAUGUUUGUGGCUGUUGACACUGAUGUUAAAGGGGCAAUCCGUAGUUGAAACAAUAAUAACGCACACUCCCCGCCACUGUUUCGGUAAAAAGAUGAGGCAUGGGGCUGGAGAAAUGUAACCACUCUCAAAUUCAUAGACAGAGCUACGGAUUCAAGAACUGACCAUCCCAUGAUAUCAAAAUUAUAGUUUUAACCAUGUUUUGAGGCUAAGAAGUGUUCGUUUACAUUUACUUUGAAGUAAAACACGCUUGUAUCUUGGGUUCUGAUAGAGUACAACAAUUGAACUAAGCUCAUGAGGCAUUUUAUAAGUUAUAUUCUUCAAGAAUCAUUGGGUACAUAAUAAUAAUUUAAUAAUAAUUAAUAAUUAAGUCCAAAAAUUGAUGUGGAAACAGCACAAUCUUUGAAACUGACACGUCUCUAUCUCUCUCUUUCUUUCUCACUCUCUCACACACCCUCUCUCUCUCUCCGUCUCUGUCUCACUAUCUCCUCCCCUCCCCUCCAUUCCACAGAAUCGACCCAAAGAAUCUCCCACCAUACCCUGAGGAAGGUGUCUGUGUCAGAGUCCAACGUGCUGCUGGAUGAAGAGGUCCUCACAGACCCCAAGAUCCAGGCUCUGCUGCUCACUGUCCUGGUGAGACCACUCACUCCACUCCCCUCCACCUCCAUCUCUCUCUCGCUUUCUUAACCUCCCUUUCUCUCUCUGUAUUAGUUUGUGCCUAUUUCUAACAUGCUUAUCUCUAUGCUACAGGCUACGUUGGUGAAGAAUACAACAGAUGAGUUUGACCAGAGAAUCCUCUACGAGUUUUUAGCUGAAGCUAGUGUUGUCUUCCCUAAAGUCUUUCCAGUUGUGUAAGUGUUUCAUUUCAACCCAAUAAAGUAUGUAUUUUUUCCAAUCCCCUUUAAUGUGUACACAUGCAUAAGUAACCUUCAUCCUUCAUAUCAUCUUGUGGUUUUCUCUCCAGUCAUAACCUGCUGGACUCGAAGAUCAACACCCUCCUAUCACUUUGCCAGGACCCUAACCUCCUAAACCCCAUCCAUGGCAUCGUGCAAAGUGUGGUGUACCACGAGGAGUCACCCCCCCAGUACCAGCCCUCCUACCUGCAGAGUGAGACUCCACCCACUCCUCCCUACAUACAGUUACAACUGUGGGUUCUGUAGUGAAAAUGGCCAUUUAAUACUCAUCAGUGUUUCUUCUGUUUCUCUCUCAGGCUUUGGGUUUAAUGGUCUAUGGAGAUUCGCUGGGCCCUUCUCAAAGGUGAGCAGACACAACUCAUUUGCCUCUUUAGAGUAUGGAAGGUUUAUUGUCAGUGUUUGUAAAUGGCUUUCCAUUCUGCUUGUGCCAACAGCAAACCCAGUUCCCAGACUACGCUGAGCUGAUAGUGAAGUUUCUGGAUGCUUUGAUUGACACGUAUCUGCCGGGGAUCGACGAGGAGACGAGCGAGGAGUGUCUGCGUACGCCCACGUCGCCCUACCCCCCGCCCGCCCAGAGCCAGCUCAGCAUCACAGCCAACCUCAACCUCUCCAACUCCAUGACCUCACUGGCCACCUCCCAGCACUCCCCAGGUCUGAUCACAGAUACAGUACACACACACACACGCACACACACACAAACACAUGCAGUCAGACCAAUCCAGCCGUUCUGUCUCUUGGCAGAUUUGAUUCUAAGGAAUAGCUGUGAAACUUUACAUUAGCCUUUAUCUCAAAGAAAAUAGACAUUUGAUUCAUUGACCUGUCUGCUUUUUGUCUUCAUCUUAAUAUAGUCUGGCCUGUUUAGUCUUUCCAUUUUACCAAUCAAAAGAAUCAACAUGCACUAACAAACACAAAAUUAGAGAGAAAUAUAAAUUACCCAUCCAUCCAUUUCCAACUGAAUCCAACCUCAUCUGAAAAGUUCCAUCCACUAUACAUAGUGGGUUCACCAACCUGGUCCAUGUGUAAGGCUUAUUCUCACUCAUUCUCUCUCUUUUUCUUUAACCCAUUAAAUGCAUGAUGUUCUCAAACUUUAUUAUUUAGUGUUCAUACACAUUUAAUUUCAUGUUUUUGUUCACUUUUCUUCCUCAUUUGUUGUGCUUGUUGCGGUGUAGUUUAUAGACAAUCUCCAAUUUUGUCUCAUUUGAGGUCCACCAAGGUGGUACAAUUAGAAUUAGAAACUAUUUACACUCCCCUACGUAUUUAUUUGGACAGAAGCUAAAACUUUUAAUUUGGCUCUAUACUCCAGCAAAUGUUUUAUAUGAGGUGACAGUACAGAAUGUCACCUUUUAUUUUAGGGUAUUUUCAUACAUAUCUGUUUUAUCGUUUAGAAAUGAAAGCACUUUAUGCAUCUAGUCCCCCAUUUGAAGGUGUCAUUAGUAUUUGGACAAAUUCACUUAUACUUUAUGGAUGCUACCAUGACAUAAUCAUGAAUUAAUUACAGAAAUCAUGAAUGAAUCGUGAAUAAUGAUGUGUGAGAAAGUUAUUGAUGCACUACCAAUAACAGGGGAGGUUAGUAUUUUUCUGGGGGUACUCAUUAUUAUUCACAAUUCAUUCAUGAUUUUCUGUAAUCAUGGUAGCAUCCACAUUAAUGUGUUCAGAACAUAUUCUAUUCUUAUUUAUAAUAAAAGUGACUCCAAAAUGACACUAUACAUUAUUUAGAGUCUCAAGCUUGAUGUAGUCAUUGAGUGCUAGGAAUAUGGGACCAAAUACUAAACUUUUGACUAAAUGUAAUACACCGUAAGUGAAUUUGUCCAAAUACUUAUGACACCUUCAAAUGGGGGGACUAGAUACGUAAAGUACAUUCAUUUCUAAUCGGUAAAACAGAUAUGUAUGAAAAUACCCUCAAAUAAAAGUUGACAUUCUGUACUGUCGCCUCAUACAAAACAUUUGAUCUCAAAUCCAAAAUGCUGGAGUAUAGUGUCAAAUUAAGUGUAGCUGCAAUGGGCAAAUAAUGUCUCAGCCUAUAGUUUGCACAUUCGUGGUAUGUUAUGUUAUACUGUAUGUCUAUAUACACUGCUCAAAAAAAUAAAGGGAACACUAAAAUAACACAUCCUAGAUCUGAAUGAACGAAAUAAUCUUAUUAAAUACUUUUUUCUUUACAUAGUUGAAUGUGCUGACAACAAAAUCACACAAAAAUUAUCAAUGGAAAUCAAAUUUAUCAACCCAUGGAGGUCUGGAUUUAGAGUCACCCUCAAAAUUAAAGUGGAAAACCACACUACAGGCUGAUCCAACUUUGAUGUAAUGUCCUUAAAACAAGUCAAAAUGAGGCUCAGUAGUGUGUGUGGCCUCCACGUGCCUGUAUGACCUCCCUACAAUGCCUGGGCAUGCUCCUGAUGAGGUGGCGGAUGGUCUCCUGAGGGAUCUCCUCCCAGACCUGGACUAAAGCAUCCGCCAACUCCUGGACAGUCUGUGGUGCAACGGGGCGUUGGUGGAUGGAGCGAGACAUGAUGUCCCAGAUGUGCUCAAUUGGAUUCAGGUCUGGGGAACGGGCGGGCCAGCCCAUAGCAUCAAUGCCUUCCUCUUGCAGGAACUGCUGACACACUCCAGCCACAUGAGGUCUAGCAUUGUCUUGCAUUAGGAGGAACCCAAGGCUAACCGCACCAGCAUAUGGUCUCACAAGGGGUCUGAGGAUCUCAUCUCGGUACCUAAUGGCAGUCAGGCUACCUCUGGCGAGCACAUGGAGGGCUGUGCGGCCCCCCAAAGAAAUGCCACCCCACACCAUGACUGACCCACUGCCAAACCGGUCAUGCUGGAGGAUGUUGCAGGCAGCAGAACGUUCUCCACGGCGUCUCCAGACUCUGUCACGUCUGUCACAUGUGCCCAGUGUGAACCUGCUUUCAUCUGUGAAGAGCACAGGGCGCCAGUGGCAAAUUUGCCAAUCUUGGUGUUCUCUGGCAAAUGCCAAACGUCCUGCACGGUGUUGGGCUGUAAGCACAACCCCCACCUGUGGAUGUCGGGCCCUCAUACCACCCUCAUGGAGUCUGUUUCUGACCGUUUGAGCAGACACAUGCACAUUUGUGGCCUGCUGGAGGUCAUUUUGCAGGGCUCUGGCAGUGCUCCUCCUGCUCCUCCUUGCACAAAGGUGGAGGUAGCAGUCCUGCUGCUGGGUUGUUGCCCUCCUACGGCCUCCUCCACGUCUCCUGAUGUACUGGCCUGUCUCCUGGUAGCGCCUCCAUGCUCUGGACACUACGCUGACUGACACAGCAAACCUUCUUGCCACAGCUCGCAUUGAUGUGCCAUCCUGGAUGAGCUGCACUACCUGAGCCACUUGUGUGGGUUGUAGACUCCGUCUCAUGCUACCACUAGAGUGAAAGCACCGCCAGCAUUCAAAAGUAACCAAAACAUCAGCCAGGAAGCAUAGGAACUGAGAAGUGGUCUGUGGUCACCACCUGCAAAACCAGUCCUUUAUUGGGGGUGUCUUGCUAAUUGCCUAUAAUUUCCACCUGUUGUCUAUUCCAUUUGCACAACAGCAUGUGAAAUUUGUCAAUCAGUGUUGCUUCCUAAGUGGACAGUUUGAUUUCACAGAAGUGUGAUUGACUUGGAGUUACAUUGUGUUGUUUAAGUGUUCCCUUUAUUUUUUUGAGCAGUGUACUUUUGGAAAUGUUUCAUCAUUUGUUUUAGUCUUUAAGAACAUUUGAGUAAUUCAUGCUAUGCCACUAUUUGGCAGAAAGAAUUAUCCUCUUUUGCUCCAUAUUGUACAUUUUAUUUGGAACUAAAGAGACUUAAUUAUACGGAGACUGGAGUAUUUAUACUUCUAAACCGUAUUGUCGGAGACACCUGAGAAUGCUGAAUGAACGUUUUAUUUUAUUUCUGUCACUCUUUGUUAAGUUGGGUUAUGUUCUGUUUUUGUUAAUCAUGUUGCUCUUUGUUUCCUGUCAUUCCUCUUUUUGGGUUGCCAUGGUCACUCCCUCCUGUUUCUUUCCCACUCUGUGUCUGAGAAGCUCCUCUGCCUUGCUCUAAGUCCGCCGUUUUCGCCCCAUACCUCGUCCGGCCAGGUAUUACAGCCCCUCGUCCCCAUGCUGCUCCUCACUCCCAGGCACACGGCACAGCCUCACAGAGGUGUGCGUGGGGUAGCAGAGGCCCAUCACAAAGCCCAACAACACUACUUGAGCAUUUGUGAUUAAGUCUUUGUACAUAAUGUUUCAAUGCCCAUACACCAUAUUAUGUCCUGUUUGUUCAAAACACAGAGCAAUCCUUUUGCGAUAAGUUGGAGCACUUAGGUCAGUACAUGGGUUGACUACUCCCCCUAUUGUUGGAUUUGUAUAUAACAAUGUGUAUAAAACAACAGAGAAUCCCUAUGUGGUUUUUACAGUAUUGAUAGCCACAAAGGUAGAUUGCAUAUAGUUCUUCAGGUGGAUGUCUCAAAAGCAUUAGCUUUACUGUAUAAUUAUAUAAUAGAAUAGUUUGUCAUGUAUUAGUGUGACAUAUUAUACCUAAUGGCUUGUGUUUGGUGUGUGUGUGUCCUCCGACAGGCAUCGACAAGGAGAACGUGGAGCUCUCUCCGACCACGGGUCACAGCAACAGCGGGCGCACGCGCCAUGGUUCUGCAAGCCAGGUGCAGAAACAGCGCAGUGCAGGCAGCUUCAAACGGCCCAGCAUCAAGAAGAUUGUAUGAGAGAGGCCCACCACUAGGACCCCAUACCGGGGUCGCCCACGCCAGUCAUCAUGCUGCACUUCUACUCCAACUAUCCUGUCCUAUCAAUCUCUCUCGCUCUCGCUCUCGCUCUCGCUCUCU